AAUCCUGUAACCAAAAAGACGGAUUUGAGAACUGUCCAUUGCCCUAUUCUUGCUGAAUUGAAGUUACAAAAACUACUAUACAAUGCUGCAAAAAAGAGUCAUUUGCCACUGAGGACCUUCUACAAAAGGCCCUUCACUUCUGUUUGUUUGAUGAUCAUGGUUGAUGAGGUAUUGGGUGGUGAAUGGUUAGCUGAUGAGGGAUGGGUUCUGUUGCAGGAGUUCUCUGAGGUUGAUGCAUCAGAUUCUAUGAGUUUAGUUGCUGGCUUAGAAGGAUUUUAUCCUUUUGAAGGAUUAAAGCCAACUCCUGAUUGGCAGUUCUAUUGUUCUAGGGGGCAGGCUGGUGUCCCUUACUCUAGUUUAAGGUGA